AUGGCUACCGUACCAAGCAGCACCUCACUACUGUUCACCCCUCUUGUUCCCCUUCGACCCAUCUCCAAAUUCUCACCAUUCUUCCCAACGUUGCACCUUACCAACUCUAAAAAUUCCAUCUUUGUCCUCUCCUGUUCUUCUCCGAAGGCCAUUCCGGUGACAGAGCAGCAAGUGCUUCAAGCCAUUGCUGAGUCCGACAACAAGAGCCUCCCAUGUGUCAGAACCUUCGAGAAUGACUUGUCUCAGCUCACUCUCGUCGGAGCCGUUGAUUUCCAGCAGGCUUUAACGGCGGCUGCGGCUGACGGCGGCGAAGUUGCCUCCGACCACAUUAACGCCGGCAUGGAUGCCAUGGUCGUAGAAACCGUGUUUCCUGCUCCUUCCAACGGCCACGGCACUGUCUCCACUCGACUGUUCUUACCUGCUAGGAAAGUUAAAGAAAAAGCUGCCAAGCUCAGGAAGUCCCUCUCCAAAGAUGUAUUUUCCAGCACUACAUCUAAGAAUGUUCUUGCUAUGACCUUUAGGCAAGUUGUUUUGCAGCAGAUUUGGAACUUUGAUCUGAUUGCAUUUCAACCAGGAGAAGAACGACAAAUGGAGGAUCUUGAAAACCCAAGAGAGGUUCCUGCAUCUUUCACUAUCAGCACAUCCGAUGAAUAUCUUAUCUCCGUGCUUGCAGAAGCUGUUUGUAUCUCUGCUCUUCAAAGCACUCAAAGACAGUUUCUUGAUAAACUGCAGGGUGGUAAUAGAAGUGGUUUCUUUCACUGGUUUCAAAAGCCUGAAAGGAUAGAAACAAAAGAUUCCUUGGUCGUCUUAUACAAAUUAUUUGAAGAUGAGAUAGUUGAAAAUGCUAGGAGUCUAUUGGAUAAUUAUAAUUUAAUGAAGGAUGGCUUUAAGCCUUUGAAAAUAAAAUCAGGGAAUUGGUGGUGGAAGCCAUCCUGUUACGAAAAAUUAGAGAAAAUUGGUGGUUCUGAUUUCAGUGCUUGGACAAGUGAGUAUGUACCUGCAUAUCGGUUAGAGAUUGACACCAAGAUAAUGGGAGAUGCAAAAAUUGAGGGCUGGAAGAAGUCUGCAGAGAAUAGGUGGGAAGUUCUUUUGACCCACUCUCAAAUGGUUGGGUUGGCAGAAACACUAGAUAUGUACUAUGUGGAUCCUUAUACGCUACCUGAUAAGCAAUUAUCCUGUGGUGUGGCUGCCAAGUUUGCCAAAGUGUCCAAUAAAAAGGGGAGUUCUUCUUUGCCAAAAUUGUUGCCAGUCACCCUUGCAAGUGGUAUAUUUCUUGUAGCAAUCAGUGCUCUGGGUCAAUUUUGUUUGCCUUGGUUAUGCAAGGAAAGGAAACACCCUGUAGAACAUAGAUCUCUACCAUCAUCUGAAAUCAACGUUGCAAUGAAUGACUUUUUGGAUGGAACCAAGUUGGAAGAUUUUUGCAUUUCAGCUGUUGCAAAGGUAAAGGAUGCUCUUGGCUGGUCGGAUGAUAUUAAGGUGGAAGAUGGUAUUGGUGCCUGGAUUGGAGAAUUGCCGGCUUACUUGAGAGGUAAAGGUGUUGAUACUUUUUCUACAUCGGAGAAUAUAGAUGCAGAUUCAAAAGUGCCCAUACAGGAAAUUGCUAGUUACCAGGUGGUUUUCUCUAGUGACGGGAAGAUAGUUGGUUUUCAACCUUUGAGUAGGGUGGCUGUCAAUCAUUGGGGUUCUAAUCCUCUAGCAAGGGAGCUGUAUGGAGGGAAAAAGCUUUCCCCAGGUAUCAUUGAACCAGGUCUCAAGGUCUCCCUUCCAAGAAAGGUUAUCGUUGUGGAGUUGCUGAUGUCAGUAAACCCAGAUGCCUAUUUUGCUGUAGCCAGGCCAUUUCAGUGAUCCUCUUCUUGGGGUAUACGUAAAGGCUAGAAGCUUGUGGGGCUCUAGUAUACUGGUUUGACCAAUUAAUCGCAAUAUUUUAGAUUUAAAGUUAUAUUCCCCCAAGGGAAAAAAAUUUCAGGCACUAGAAGGCAUGUCUUUAGUUUUUAUCAGCUUUUUUAAAUAGGUAUGCUUAAUAUUUUGGCAUAUUGUUAUUGUGAAAAGUUGAAAAUCCCCUCCACCAUAUUGUUUCAUAAAGAAUGCAUAACCCUUUCUCAAUAUGAAUCUACUUGAAACAUCAUUUU